AUGGGACCCCACGAGGGGUCACUAAGCAGGGCCAGGACCCUCACUGCAAGGCUCACUGCCCCUGCUGCAGGGCCCUGUGGACCCUGCUUCGCCUUCCCCUCUAAUCUGUCCUCCGGCGCUUGCCGUCGUGCGGCCUAGGGGGCGGGCUGUGGCAGCCCCAAGAUGGCGGCGGCUCCGGCGGGGAGCGCGGCCGAUGCCCAGGCGCGGUUCGGCCGCUCGGUGAAGGGGCUGUUGAUCGACAGGGUGACCGGCUGCGGCACGGACAUGAUCGCCCUCACCAAGCAGGUGCUGAAAGGCUCGCGGAGCUCCGAGCUCCUGGGUCAUGCUGCUAGAAACAUGGUGAUGCAAGAAGAUGCCAUCCUGCACUCGGAAGAUAGUCUUAGGAAGAUGGCUAUCAUAACCACUCAUCUCCAGUACCAACAAGAAGCUAUUCAGAAGAAUGUCGAGCAUUCAUCAAAUCUGCAGGACCAGCUGAGGCACCUUCUGAAAUGAAGCAGGAGAAGCGAAAUACCCAGCACACCUAGCGGGAGCUGAUGGGAUGACCUGUGUCAGUGGAGCUCCAGAGCCUCUUCCUGCUUCAGCAGUUACAUUGCAAGGCUAAGCUGUGCUGAAAGUCAGUUGUGAAAACGCAGUAUGUGUGUUACUGAACAUGCAGGGCUGUGGAUAGGCAUGGGACGGCUCUGUUACCUGCUUAUCACAAACUCUCCCUGUACCGAAGGCUAGAUCACUUGCUUGCGCUUAAUUUAAAGCAGACUUUACCAAAACCUUCCUGUGACUAAAACUUUUCAUGUCCAUUUUCUUUUCUGCGCAAUGUGCUAUUUGAAGAGCUGUUUCCCUCUCCCCAAGGCAUUGUGCCGGUUCAGCUAAUGAAUCAAAGGCAACGUGUGUUAUUUAUAUUCAGCCCAAUGCCAAACACAUGACUUAGGUUCCAUUCAAACCCAUAUGGCUUUCCUGGGCCCUCUGCUCUAGGGUGAAUUCCCCCCUUGUCUAUAAUUUCUGCUGAAUAUGGACCUGUUCUUCACAGAAUUAACUGGAGUAGGGACGGAGAUGCACUGCCCACAGCUUGAGUUGCAUGGUUCCAGCGUUCUUCAAACAAGUUUACAUUCCCCACCCCCAAAGUAGGGCCAGCAUUUCCACAUGGGAACCUACAUUCACAUUUUGACACGUAAACAAUCGUCCUCUUUCUUCGGAGAAGUGAGCCACCACCACUACCAGUUUGGUCAGUGCGCACAUCAUCUCUGAAAAUCAGUUGCUUAAAUAUGGCUAUAGGUACCUAAUUUGAGCCAGAAUUUUCAAACCCAGGUGUGUAGGUACAUGCAGCAUGUGAUGACUUGCCUGGUCCUUUGUCACCGGAGUGUCAUGAGUGUCAUUAGCACUGCGCUAUUCCUUUGUCACCUGCCCAAUAGGGUGUCUGUUUCAUGAAUGUCAUUAGUACUGUACUGUUCCUUAGUUUCUGGGUAUAUGUAAAGCAGGGGGUUGGAAUGUUAUAUCUCUUGCCAAUACAUCUGCUGUCUGUUUUGGCCUUGAACUGCAUUCCUUCUAUUUCAUUGCUGUUAUGGCUCUUGAUUAAGCAGCCUUGGAUUCAUUAUGUAACUGUGUACAGAAUCAGUAAACUAUUCAGAUAUACAGCUGUGAGGUACUAAUAGUGUGUUUAAAGGAUGCCAUCAAUGGACCUGCUUCCAUUAAAGUCAGUGGCAAAGCUCCCAUUGACUUUAAUUUGGGCCCAAGACAAAUAUGCUGUAUGGUGGUUGCUGGGUUUUUUGUAUGUUGCUUUCCCAUGUCACUAAUAGCCUCUCCACUUACUCAUAGAAGAAGCACUUUAUUCACUAAGUGUGCUUGUCAUCACUUUUUAAAAUUACAUGCAGCUUGAUCAGUGAGAUUAGAUGAAAUAUUUCUAUGUGAUGAUGUUUCUAUAGAGAGAGACAAGACCUACUUCUAGGGGGGAAUGAGACAAGCUUUCGAGCUAUGCAGACAGGGUGCUGGAACAAGGAGCUGAAAGCCAUUGAACCAAACUGUAAACCUUGUACAUCAUGGAAAUCACUUCAAGCCAGGGGAUACUGCAGCACCCCUGAUUCCAGCACCUGUGUAUGCAAAGCUUUCUUUUGGGUCUGUUUCAAAAGUCAGUUUCACUUGUGAGUCUCCUGCACAAUGCAGUGCAGUUAGGUUGGGCUUUCCACAUGGCAGAGGAAGGUUUAAAAAACACACGUGCUGUUUUGAUUGUUUUUCUUUUUAAUUCUGAGAUUUAUAUUCCUAUUUAGAUAUUUUUAAUCUCUUUUUUAAUACAAAGCCUAUAGUGAGGGUGUCAUUACAGUACAGUGCUGCAGAUAGCUGCUGAGGAGGACUAGUCCAGAGUAUGCUGUCAGAUCCAAUGGCCUGAAUAGGUUGACAGUUAGUGCUAUAUCUUGUAUUUUGCUUGCUCCUUCUGCACAUGGUGUGUUAGGUUAAUUGUUAAGAAAAGCCCAGAGAGGAAUUUAAAAAUAGCUGGUUUUUAUGCAGUGCUAAAUUCAGUUGCACCAGCAGGAACAUUCUGAUUUGUUCCAGAGCAUCACCUACAUCCAGCUGUCCCUUGGGUGAUAUUGAAUGAUGCACACUUGACCAAUGGAAACCAUUAUUAGAGCAAACUCAUUGGCUGAGCAGUGAUCCUGAGCAGGAUGCUCACCUAGCAACUACUGAGAGCAGAUUAACAUUUCCUUGGGCCUCCUUCAGCAUUCUGCUCUUAGAAUCAUAGACUAGCAGAGUUGGAAGGGACCUCAGGAGUCAUCUAGUCCAACCCCCUGCUCAGGGCAGGACCAAUCCGCAACUAAAUCAUCCCAGCCAGGGCUUAAAAACCUCUAAGGAAGGAGAUUCCACCACCUCCCUAGGUGACCCAUUCCAGUGCUUCACCGCCCUCCUAGUGAAAUAGUGUUUCCUAAUAUCCAACCUAAACCUCCCCCACUGCAACUUGAGACCAUUACUCCUUGUUCUGUCAUCUGCUACCACUGAGAACAGUCUAGAUCCAUCCUCUUUGGACCCCCCUUUCAGGUAGUUGAAAGCAGCUAUCAAAUCGCCCCUCAUUCUUCCCUUUUGCAGACUAAACAAUCCCAGUUCCCUCAGCCUCUCCUCAUAAGUCAUGUGUUUCAGCCCCCUAAUAAUUUUUGUUGCCCUCCGCUGGACUCUUUCCAAUUUUUCCACAUCCUUCUUGUAGUGUGGGGCCCAAAACUGGACACAGUACUCCAGAUGUGGCCUCACCAGUGCCACACCUGGUUAACUCCAGUGGCCUAACUGGGAGCUGUGCAUGCAUAUCUGAGAGCAGAAUUUAGGUCCAAGUGCCUAGAAGUGCUGACACCUGCUUUUUAAAACCAAAAAUUAUCUUGACUCAUACUAAAACUGCAACAGCUGCUGCCCUGAAAUUCCAGACCCUAGGCAGGCUAGUUAUUGAAUGUGGAGGGCAAGGACUUUCCUUCACCAAUUUCCCCUUGCAGUGUUUCUCCCCAUGCCAGGGAGCUCUGUGUGCUGAAUUUUUGUCUACUGCAUGUGACCUGUCUAUGACUUUUACAAAAAAUACCCAUGACUAAAACGUAACCUUAAUUAUGAGUCACGGUGCCAGGAGGGACCCCCCAAAAAAAUGGGGGAAGGGAAUGGGAAACUUGAAACUGAAGUCUUCCAGAAACUGAGGAACAGGCUUACUAUUUCAACUGCUGUUACGUCAUUGAGUAUGUGGUUAUUCUAUUAAAUGAACUUUUUGAUUAUUUUUACCCCCAA